UUUGUCAGUAAAUAUGAAUGACGUAGGCCAUGUGAGCUUUGCGCUGUAGGACACAUUAUCAACAAUUGUCGGCCAUUGUUUGUCUUUUGAACGUUAGAUUCCCCUACAGCAUGGACAGCACUAUUCCACCCACAGGCGAUUUCGAGCUCGAGCGACUGCAGAACUCGAUCGUGGACGCGCCGGAUCUUUCACCACUCAGCAGACUGAUGCAUCGGAGAACACGCCGGACACAGCUCUACCACACGACACAAAACCUGCACAUCAAGCGUCUUGUUCAAGUGGCAGAAGACCCCACGGCGACCCGAAUCAUAGAUAGUCGAGAACAAGAUAGUUUGGGUUUUCACAUCAAGCUCGCCAUCUUCCUCUCCAUCUAUGGCACCAUCCUUGUCGCAGGCCUGCAGAUCUACGCGGCUGUAACGACACUCUCCCUCUCCCUCUUUGUCACCAUGGCAGAAAGUUGCUGCGAGGCCAUCAGCAACAUCGGUCUUGACUACCUCCACCGUAAAGCCAAGAAAUUGAGCGAUUCACCCAGAUGGCCAGCAGGUGCAGAACGCCUAGGAAAUGCCGGCAACAUCUGCUUCGCCUUCGCUCUGACCGCCGUAUCUCUGGUCUUGGUCGUCGAAUCCAUCCGCGCUCUAGCCAGCACCCACCACGACCUCGGCAAAUUCGCCAUCCCCGCCAUCGUCGCUGCCGCCUGUGGCUUCAGCAUCAAACUCUUCCUGGCCGCCUACUGCUUUACCUUCCGCAAACACAGUUCGCAGUUGGAAAUGCUGUGGGAGGAUAAUCGCAAUGACUGCUUCGAAUACGGUUUCGCCAUCUUCACUUCCGCCGCUGGUGCGAAGCUCAAAUGGUGGGUUGACCCUGCAGGAGCUUUACUCAUCGCUUCCGUCAUCAUAAUAACUUGGAUCUCCACUAUACGGUCGGAAUUCCUCGAGCUCUGCGGGUUAGGCGCUUCUCCCCAAUUUAUCCAGGAAAUCGUCUUCCUCACAAUCCGUCACUCUGACUUGAUCUUGAAAGUGGAUACAGUGCACGCGUAUCAUUGGGGAGAGGAAUUAGUAGUGGAGGUGGAUAUCGUAAUGGCGCCAGAGAGGAGUUUGAGAGAGGUACAUGAUGUUUCGCAGGAAUUGCAGGAUAAGUUAGAGACGGUGGAGGGGAUCUGUAGGGCGUUUGUGCAUGUGGAUCAUGAGGCUUCUCAUAUGCCCGAGCAUCGCAAGACUCGCUGA